AUGGAGAGACCAAAGCAAGGUUUCAACCAUGCAGAAGACUUGGAAGCAGAACAUGACCCCACAUUCCCGAUUGAUAUUGAGACACUGCUACCUCUCUUGCAUAGUGUCUAUGCCCCAAAUCCCAAGGGCAAGAAUGGCAAGCCGGCUUCUCCAGCUUACUCCGAUCAGCUGCGCAAGGCCAUGGAGCAGUACUAUCAGGAGGGCAUGACAAGCUGGCGGUCAGUGAAUGAACGCCUCAAGCAAGAGUAUGGCAAGGACAUGAGUUUUGGUUCUCGCUCCAGCUUUUUCCGUGCAACGAAAGCAUUUGGGCUUGGUACUUCACGAAAAAACCUUCUAUCUACCCAAGAGGUGGCACAGGUCAUGCAAGAAGAACUUGAUCAGGAUAUCAAUAAUGUUGUUGGAAAACGGGCCAUGAAACAUCAUCGCCUUUCCCUUCGUGGAUUUCUUAUUCCACGAGAUCUGGUUUACAAGGCAAUGAAAGAGUAUGCACCAGAGGGCGUGAAAUCUCGUCGACCAGGUACCAAGAAAAUCCAACGAUUCCCAAUCAUCUCCGUUGGACCCAAUGAACAAUGGUCUAUUGAUGGUCAUGACAAAUUGUCCUCAUAUGGGAUUGGGAUCUAUGGGAUAAGAGAUGUUUACUCUGGACGUCUAUUACUCUUGAAAGCAAUGCCCUGUAAUCGUCGGAGUGCAGAUGUGCACAGCAUGUUCCUUGAUACCAUUGUCAAACUCGGAGGAUUCCCUCUACAGAUUGCAAGUGAUCGUGGUUCAGAGAUUGGGGAGGUAAUAGCCUCACAAAUUGCCUUUCGAAAAACAUAUUCUCCCAUUGCUCUUGAAGAUGUCUUCCCAUACAAACUCCUGAAAAGCACUCACAACAUCACAAUUGAACGAUCUUGGAGAAAUGUCAGAGAGAAUGUAGUGGACCAGGUCAAGAUUGCCCUCCAUUCCGCAUAUAACUCUGACAUGAUCCAUGAUGGGGAUCCCGUUCACCAAACAUUACUGAAUUGGCUUGUCCCUCCUGUUGUUCAGCGGCUACUUGACCAAUUCCUUGUCAUCUUCAACUCAUAUCCCGUGAGAUAUCAGAAAGAGAAGGUUAACCCCUCUGGAGCUUCCAGAAAUGAUAUCUAUUUCAAUCCUCAACGUUGGGGAGGAAGAGACUGUCUACAACACUUUCCUGAAUUAUCACUCAUUGAAGACUUUCAACGGCACGUUCAAGACCACGCACAGCUGAAAUGGGUCUCAGAGCAGAUCCACCAAAUCUGUCUGGAGAUUGCCAUUUGCUUGGGACAUGCAUACCCACCCUCAAACUGGGAGGCUGCCUGGGCAAUGUUCAAAGAUAUUGAACCCAGGGCUCGUGAUGAGCUUCAGCAGCUUUGGCUCAAUGAUGCAUAG